CGUCCUCGCUCAAAUUCCACGUUGAAAAAAAAAAUUAGUUCGGAAGAAAAGUACAUUUCAAUUUUAUUGCACUGAACGAAAGUAAAAUGAAAAUGCGGUGUGAAUUUAAUUCGAUAGAAAACAACGAUACUUUGGAAUUUCCAUAUCUUCCAAAGGAUCCGUUUUCAUUGGAGCAGCGUCGAUAUGGAUUUAUCAUUUUACACAUAAUUGGAGUGUUUUAUAUAUUUUUCGCGAUAGCUGUUGUUUGUUAUGACUUUUUUAUACCGACAUUAGAAGCAACAAUUAAAAAGUUUCGAAUAAACUAUUAUGUGGUUGGCACUAUAUUUAUGGCCAUUGACAUGGGUAUAACACAACUUCUAACAUCUGUGAUUGAUGUAAUCGUUUUGUUCGAUGUGAGCAUCGGUGCGGUUCUAAGUUCGGGAAUAUUUCGAAUAUUGUUUUCAAUUGGAUUGUGUGCGAUUUUUUCGCGAACAUUUUUAUCGCUCGCAUGGGGGUCAUUGUUUCGCGAAUGUACAUUUUACAGUGUCAGCUUAGUGGUAUUGAUGUAUUUCAUUCAUGAUAAUUUGAUACAUUGGUGGGAGGCAUUCAUAUUAAUUCUAAUCUAUGGCGUUUACCUCAUAUUUGUGACACUAGAUAUUAUUAUAGAAACGAUACCUACAACAUUGACAAAUGCAAGAUACACAUUUGUCAAUGAUAAUAAUCAAAUAAAUGUCCAGCCACCGACUCCAAUGGACGCUCAUCCUCUCACCACAAACAAAUCGUUGAAAAAUAUUAUAGCAAACAGAAGCAAAGCAUUGCAGAUUGUGAUUGCAGUGAUUUUAACGCCAAUGGAGUCAACACUUCCCAAUAUACGGAAAUUGCAUCAAAGUGGCUUGAUUAUUUGGUGGGCAUUUCUUGGUUCAAUUAUGUGGUUGAGUGUGCUUGCAUACCUUCUCAUAUGGUUUGUGUUCGUCAUCAGUGACACAUUUAAUAUAUCGGCUGAGGUGAUGCGUUUGACAAUUAUAGCUACGGCUACCUCUAUCCCAAACAUAAUGUCAUCUGUAAUCGUAGCUCGGAAAGGUUACGACGACAUGGCUGUAGCAAGUUCAGUUGGAAGCAGCAUAUUUGGCAUUACUUUUUGUUUGCCGGCGCCUUUGAUGAUUUAUAGCAUUUACUACAAAAUACCUGUUAAAGUGAAUUCAUGUGGAUUACCAUGUUUAGUUGCUGUUACAUUUAUCAUCCUGAUGUGUAUUAUUUUAUUAUUAGUGGUUUUUCGGUGGCGUGUCAACAAAAGACUGGGUGUCAUCAUGUUUUUUCUAUACUUUUUAUUCAUCGUGAUAUCAGUUAUACUUGAUUAUGGAUACGUUGUGUGUCCGAUUUAAGACAGUGAUUUUUUAUUUAAAAACCGGUUAAAAUAUCGUGAAUAAUUUUUUUUAGAAAGUGUAAAGUUUUUCAAAGAACCGUAACAAAUCCAUCGGAAAAUUGGAUAGGUAGUCAAUUUCCGGUCGAUGUCAAUUUUCGAAAAAUCGUAUAUACUACUAAAAUGUACUAAUUAUGUACAAUUAUGUACAACAAUUUUUAUGAUUAUGUACCAACAAAAAUUUUUCAGAAUUUGGAUUUUUAAAAAUUGAAAAUAUCAAAACCCGGAAAAUGUUUACCCGAAUUUGUACAACACCAAAGUUAUACGUCGUUAAAAUGUACAAAAUAUGUACAAUUCAAAUCACCCAUCAGAUUUGAAAAAUUUUCAUCGGGUCACUAUCUGGAGCCAAAAGUUCAAAAAUCAAAAAAGUUCGAUUUACGGAUUUUUUUUUUUUAAUUUCGUACACCUCCAGUGUAUACGUCGUUAAAAUGUACAAAAUAUGUACAAUUCAAAUCAACCAUCAGAUUUGAGAAAUUAUCAUCGUGUACCCAAAUUUCACCCAGUCCAAUUUUUAUAGCAGUUUUUGAAUUCGCCGCGAAUGGGCAACUUUUUAAUCAUCCAUAUUAUCAUAACAACGUAUAUUGUAUAAAAAUGUACAAAAUAUGUACAAUUCAAAUCUGUAUUUAGAUUUGCAAAAUUUCAAUCGAGUACUCAAAUUUUACCCAGUCCAAUUUUUAAAGCAGUUUUUGAAUUCGCCGAUAAUGGCCAACUUUUUAAUUAUCCAUAUUAUUAUAACGAAGUAUAUUGUAGAAAAAUGUACAAAAUAUGUACAAUUCAAAUCUGUAUUUAGAUUUGCAAAAUUCCAAUCGAGUACUCAAAUUUCACCUAGUCUAAUUUUUAUAGCAGUUUUUGAAUUCGCCGCGAAUG